UUUGCCGGUUUAGAGGGACAACGUGGUUUGGGUAACGUGUUGUCUUUUCUUACCAAAAACCCAUUUAAACAUUGCUAAACCUACAUACUCAUGAGCAAAGAUACUAAGGAUGACUUUCCAUACUGUCACGAGGUCUCAAAAUACGAAAAACUCGCCAAAAUUGGCCAAGGAACGUUCGGCGAGGUUUUCAAGGCAAGGAGCAGGAAAAACCCGAAAGAAAUGGUCGCCCUCAAGAAAGUCCUUAUGGACAACGAAAAAGAGGGGUUCCCAAUCACUGCUCUGAGGGAAAUUAAGAUUCUCCAGCUUCUUAAGCAUGAAAAUGUGGUUAACUUGUUGGAGAUCUGCCGUACUAAAGCCCAACCUUACAAUCGCAACAAAGCCAGCAUAUAUUUGGURUUUGAAUUCUGUGAGCAUGACUUAGCUGGACUUUUGAACAAUCCUGCUGUAAAAUUCUCUGCAUCUGAGAUGAAAAAGCUCAGCCAGAUGYUGUUGAAUGCAUUAUAUUUCAUUCAUAGUAACAAGAUAUUACAUAGAGACAUGAAAGCUGCCAAUGUCCUUAUUACUAAAAAUGGAAUACUGAAACUGGCAGAUUUUGGACUUGCAAGAGCUAUUCACAUCAACAAAGAACAAAAACAACGAUACACAAAUCGAGUUGUAACCUUGUGGUACCGUCCACCUGAACUGCUUCUUGGAGAGAGAAAUUAUGGUCCUCCAAUUGAYUUAUGGGGAGCAGGGUGUAUUAUGGCAGAGCUGUGGACACGUAGACCAAUCAUGCAAGGAAAUACUGAACAGAAUCAAUUAACUUUAGUUUCACACUUGUGUGGGUCUAUUACAUCUGAAGUGUGGCCAGGCGUUGACAAGCUUGAGCUCUUCAGCAAGCUUGUACUACCAGAACAUCAAAGAAGACGUGUAAAAGAACGCCUUCGCACCUAUGUAAAGGAUCAGUAUGCUUUGGACUUGCUUGACAAAAUGUUGACACUAGACCCUGCACAGCGUAUCGAUGCUGAUACAGCUCUGAACCAUGACUACUUUUGGACAGAUCCAAUGCCCACCGAUCUCAGUCGGACUUUGGCACUACAUAAUCAGUCAAUGUUUGAAUAYCUYGCUCCWCCAAGGCAUGGAGGUCCAAGGCCCGCUGUGGCAUCUAAACCGGGUGCAGCACCUCAACAAAGUAUUGUACAGAGUACYGGAACAUUUGAUAGAGUCUUCUAGUGUGAAUCAGAAAUAUUUAAAAUGGUCUCAUUUUAAAUUGGGAAAUGACGUGGAGACAUGACCUCGCAUAGUACUGACAGUUAUCACUAUAAUUAAUGCUUCAUGAAACAAUGUAUGGAUAUC